CCAAAAUCAACCCUCCUCUAAUUCUCCGUCAUUUAUCCAGAUUCACAUACAACACGCCGCACAAGAUCAUUUCUCCUCUUCCUUACUCAAAUUUCCAUCUUCGCUCCAAAUCGUCUUCAAAGCGCGCCACACUCAAAACCUCUCCCUCUUCUGUUUCACAAUUUUUAUGGAUAUCGUGGUAGUGGAUUCGGACAAGGGAAACGAGGCAGAUCGUAGCUGUUUAGAAGAGAGUACAAGUAUAUUUGAUGGAGUCGAAGUUCAAGAGCCAUAUGUGGGCAUGGAAUUUGAUUCUGAAGAAGCUGCCAGGACAUUUUAUGUUGAAUAUGCUAGACGGGUAGGAUUUCUUGUACGCGUUAUGCAACGUCGCCGUUCUGGAAUCGAUGGCAGAACUCUUGCUCGUCGACUUGGGUGUAACAAACAAGGAUUCUCACCCAGUAGCAAGGGAACACUGGGGCAAGAAAAAAGACCAAGGUCCAGUGCCCGAGAAGGUUGCAAGGCAACAAUUUUAGUUAAAAUGGAAAAAUCUGGAAAAUGGAUUGUCACAAGAUUUAUAAAGGAUCACAACCAUCCACUAAUUGCUACAGCUAAUGGUUUCAGUACAGAGGACGAUAAAGAUAAGAAAAUUGCUGAACUUACUAUGGAGUUGGAGCGUCAAGAUGAACUUUGUACUGCAUAUAGAGAAAAGCUACUCAGCUUCAUUAACAAUGUUGAAGAAGAAACAGAGGAAAUGUCCACAAAAAUUCAACUAAUUAUUGAAAAUAUAAGGAGAGCUGAGUCUGAAAUGCAAAAUUGUUCCCAGAAUAGAAAGCCUCGGGACUGUACUUGAAUGUAUAAAAGAGUAAAACAAAUAGUGUGCUUUAGAAAACUUGAAAAUCACGGUGAAAUAUCACAGUGGGACAAAAGCUACACAUACUAACUUGCCAAAAUUACGGUGAAAAUAAAUCUUAAACUUGCGGCAGCGGUGAACCUCCGUGUUACCAAACAUAUGCAUACUAUAUAAUUUCACUAAUUAUAGUAUUCCAUCGAUUCCUCUCUCUUUCUUCUCGUGAGUUGAGGGAAAGGAGAUGAGUAGCACCUUAAAGUAGCAUGCAGAUGUUAAUACAUGGUUUAUUCCAGGGUGUAAAGCCAUAUCAAGUAUUGAAAAAAAGAAAAAAGAAAUAAGGUAUAGUCCAAUAUAUCAUAUAAAUGUGUGACUUCUAUAGCACCUUAUGCUUUUGUAAGAACUCUUAAAUCAACAAUAUUAUUGCCAAAAUUAUGAAUGCAGAGUGCAAUUCUAUGAAUUAACAUAUAUGAUAAAGUUUAUAUAGAAAUAGAGGGCACAUUAAAGAAGGAAAGUUGGUGCAACCAAAAUGGACUAUAGAGACCCCUCUCUAUCGCAUGUUAUGAGCUCUUUCAUUCUUCAAAGCCCUAUACUAUAUCCUCAAUGUUGGU